AAGCCGGUUGGUGUAACAGAUAAGAUGGCUUUUCUAAGUAUAGAAAAGAAAGAAAAAGGUGAAAAGUGUAGGCAUCAAAAUGGAUCCGAAGUGUGUGAUGAUAAAAGCCUCUUAGCUGCUCGAAAAGCCUGGAACGGUAAUUUGGAUUCGAGUAAUCAGAGGUUAAUGAGUUCAGCAAAUAUGAAUAAGACCCAGGCAGGAUUGUCUGAACGGAAUAAAGCUUAUUUUCGGAACCCUUCAGUUAGGGUAAAUUAUAUAACUGGACCUAGAGGAGAUUCUAGGAUAAGUGAUGGUGGUACAGUAACGGCUAAGAAGCCUAGGAGACAUGAUGCUACUAUUACUAAGAAGCCUGAACCUCAUGCUCUUUCGGAUGCUACGACUAGCCAUGGAAAUAGUAGCCAUCAGAACUUUAGUAGUGACAGUGAUAAUAAGGAGAUAGAAAGUGUCAGCAGUCCACUUAUAGGGACUAGUUUAUCAACUUCAUCGAAUGAGCCUCCUAGUGUUUCGACGCCAUCGGACCUCGUCACGAAGGUUAAGUUGAUUGAAGAUGCACAAGGUUGUGCAACUGUAACUGUUCCUAUUACGGUUGACUGUCAGUCGAGUGAUGGUGA